ACAAUAAAAAGUCCAAGAGGGCAGACGGACAACUCAUGGGGCCCCCGGGCAAUAGGGGAUCAUGGGGCCGCUGUGUCCUUGCCCAAACUCAAAAAAGCCUAUGGAAAAAAAAAGGUACCAGGGGCACCUCAUGGGGCCCCCUACUGACCCCGGGCCCUCUGGCAGUGCCAGAGUUUCAAAUGGUCAGUCCACCCCUGGUCCUUUCUAAUCCUCUAUGCUGUGACUCAAAUAAGUGAGUGAUUUAAUAUCUGCACCAUGUG